AUGUUCGUUUAUCAAAUUGGCAAAUUGAGGAUCUCUAGCAAUUUGACCACAUUUGACCUGGAUAUUGCAGACUCUUCCAAUCGCAGUGUGGUGGCCUUGUGUCAUAGCUCUGGCGUAGGACAAGAAUGGAAGGACUGCCCUCGCGUUCCUUCAGCAGAAGCCGAAGAUAGAACAGAAUCCGCAGGUGCUCAAGUUGCUGCAGCUUGGCUGUGGGACAAGAGGGCAAAUGCUGUGAAGGAGGCGCAGAAGGAGCGCGCUGCAGCGGCGCGGGAACAGAAGAAGCUGACAAAGCCCGCAAGGGCUGCAGCGGCGGCGAAGGAGAAGAAGGAGCGCGCUGCGGCGGCGAAAGAACAGAAGAAGCGGGAGCAAGAAGCCAAAGUUGCCAAAGCCCGCAAGGACAAGGCCCAUGCCACUGCAGCCGAAGCCCAACAGACGCGUGCAGAGGCUGGCGCCUCUCAGAGCUCGCAAACCAGGAAGCGAGAAGCCAGCUCGGAGGAAGAUUCUUCUUCCAAGAGGCUGAAAAAAGGUUUGCUGAAGAGGAAGCCUGGUCAGGCAGAAGUUUACGUGGUCGGGUGACUCUGGGAAGUUGAGAACUAUGCCCAGCUGCUGGAACAGUGCCUUUUCUUGAAGCGGUCCAGAUUCAACGCCAGAACUCUUGAAUUUUCGGUCUGUAAUGGACCCAAAUGAGUCCCAGAGCUCAUGCUCCAACAGAUUGCGACACAGUUUCACCACAGAUGCCUGUUCGAAUUGGCACAGUCCUGUUGUUUGCACACCAUAAUGCUGGUGUGACGAACUUAGACUUCUGCC